AUGGGGGGACGAGAGAGAGAUGAUAGGUCUCAGAGAAUCGUUUCUGGGAAAAAGGGAAGGGCUGGAAUCGGGGUCGGGGAUGAUAUAGGUGAGGAUUUGGAUGAUUUUGUCGAGAGAUUGAACAGGCUUGACCAGAGUGAUGAAUGGACAACAUUAGCAUUGCAGAGAUGUCAAGAACUAGUUUGA